UACAAAUUGCAAUCACGAAUUAAAAAUUAAGAUAAAUAAUAAAUAUACAAAUAACUUAUUAACUUAAUAAUAAUUUAUACUUUAUAGGUAAUACCAUUAUUCAUCAAUCAUUAAUUAUAUAAUUUAUAAUAAAUGCUCUGUGCUAUAACUGUACAUUAGAAUAAGACAUAAGUGAAAAUCUGAUGUUGUCAGUUAUAUUUAUGUACCUACCUAUUAUAAUAAAUAAUAAUAAGUAAUAUAAAAAAAAAGGUUCUAGAUUGAUCUAAUUCGUUGUUAUAAUUUUAUGUCCGUGUUCCUUGUGGAGAACCUCUUAUUUCAGAAUCAGGAUGGAUAAAAAGAAAAUUAAGUCAUUAAAUACGGGUACAACACAAAAAAAACCUACUAGUAGGUCCAAUGUAAGUAACAUUAGUAUGACUCCAAAUACUAAUACACCAAAAAAUGUGAAUCAUCGCUCCAAAAGUAAUCUUACUACUUUAAAAGAUAGUGAUGCUGUUAGACGACUCAAAAGUUUUAGUACCAAUGUUACCUUAGAAAGAAAUGGCAGUAUGCCAAAUUUAAACGCAACUGGUAAUAGAUUACAAUUGGACAAAACUACCAAGCUAAGAUUUGCAUAUGACAAAUAUCUCAGCAGCUUGGAGGCAAAAUAUGUGUUUCAGAAGAUUGAGAAAAAUAUAUCUUCAAAUGUCGAUGAACAAAAAAAGGUUUUUAGGGAUGAAUUUGAUAUUCUCAAAGAUCAAUUAGUAACUUUAAGUAACGAAUUAGAAAAGAUAAAUGGAUUAAAAACUGAAAAAAAAUUAAUUGAUCAAAAAAUUGAAGCACUUGAAAUGAUCAAUAAAGCUCUUGUAUUUAAUGAUUCUGAUGAAGAAAUUAUGACAUUGUUCUCUAGUACGGCAUCCAAAGUUGUUUUAAAGAAUUUUAAGCAAUUGGAUGAAACUGACUUAAAUGCUGUUAAGAUUCUAUUGAAUGAAAUUAUAGAGCCAUUGAAACUACUUGAUUAUGAAAAUAAAAUUAAUGUACGGAUUCAAUUAAAAGAUUCUUUGAUUAAAGUCGCAAUGUUAACAAAAGAAUUAGACACAUUAAAAUUGAAGUGUGAAAAGUUAUUUGAUGAACAAGAUAGUUUGCUGAAUUAUAAUAAAUCGCACAAAAUAUUAAAAGCUCAAUUUGGAGAAAAUCCAGACUCAAAUUUACUGCCAACAAAAAGUAACUUAGUGGAAGAAGUCGAAAAUAUGUUAAAUGAAAUGGAAUGGUAAAAUGGUAUAUAUUUUAUUUUUUUAAAUGUAUACUAAAAAUAUAAAAAUUAAAAAUCAAAUUUUUUAUUUUUUAUUUAAGUUUUUUUAUAAAUGUUCUUGUUUUUUUAUUGAAUGUCGUCAGAAAUUACUUUUUAUUAUACAAUUUAUUAUUUGUGAUUUUGAACUAUAAAAUACUUCAGAAUAUUUCUUUAACUAUUAAAUUACUAAUAAAGAAUUUAUUUAUUCUGUUUAAAUUUUACAAUUGUUAUCAAUUAUUUUAUUUUAAACAUUUUACGGGCAUUGAUCCAAAUACAAAUUGUGUACAUUCAG